GGAUACAUAUUGUACUUGUUGUAUGGAUGUGGAUUAUGUCAUCCAUGACAUUUAACUGACAUGUGUGUCCAAUAAAUGUAACUGAACUCUUCUGAAGUAAAACUUGAUCAUGAUAAAGAUAAGAAACAGCUUGACACACCUGUGAAGCAGAACCUUUGCUCCCUAACUAUCAUAGAAAACCUUGUUGAUCAGAGGGAGGGAACCAAACCAUCAGACAGUGAGAGGAGGAGCUACAGUGGACAGAGGAGAGCUUACACGUCAAACUCAGGAAACGAAUGUUAAGUUAGUCAGAGAGGCAGCCACACUGCAGUCGAGACUAGUCUCCGUUUCUCUCACAGAAAAUACAAACUGAGUUCAUCAGAUCUUUCUCAACAACGCAGCAGAGUCUCUGUCAAACACUGAUAUGGCUGCUGCAAGCUAUCUGCCAUCUGAGGAUCAGUUCCUGUGCUCCAUCUGUCUGGACUUGUUCACUGAUCCAGUCACUAUACCAUGUGGACACAACUUCUGUAAAGACUGCAUCACUGAACACUGGGAUAGAAGUGACAGGUGCCAGUGUCCCAUGUGUCAAGAGGCUUUUAAUACAAGACCAGAUUUGAGGGUGAACACGUUCAUCUCUGACAUGGUCGCUCAGUUCAGACAGUCGGCUCAACAGAAAGCCAGCAGCAGCAACAGCAGCAGCAGCAGCAGCAGCAGCAGCAGCUCAGAGCAACAAGUCUUCAAACCAGGAGAAGUUUUCUGUGACGUCUGCACUGAAACCAAACUGAAGGCCCUGAAGUCCUGCCUGGUGUGUCUGACCUCCUACUGUGAGACUCACCUGGAGCCUCAUCUGACAAUGUCAGGUCUGAAAAGACAUCAGCUGAUCGACCCUGUGGAGAACCUGGAAGACAGGAUGUGUCCGAAGCACGAUAAACCUCUGGAGCUGUUCUGUAGGACCGACCAGACAUGUGUCUGUAUGCUCUGCACUGUUUUAGACCACAAGAUGCAUGAUGUGGUUCCUCUCAAAGAAGCAUAUGAAGGGCAGAAGGCAGCGCUGGGAAAGAAAGAGGCUAGAAGUCAGGAAAUGAUCCGGAAGAGACAACUGAAGAUUGAGGAGAUCAAACGCUCAGUGGACCUCAGUAAGAAAGAAGCAGACAGAGAGAUAGCAGAAGGAGUUCAGGUCUUCACUGCUCUGAAGGAGUCUGUUGAGAGAAACCUGAAUGAGUUCAUCCAAACAAUAGAAGGGAAGCAGAACAUGAGAAUGAAACGGGCCGAAGACUUCAUCAAAGAGCUGGAACAGGAAAUCUCUCAGCUGAAGAAGAGAAGUGCAAAAGUUGAACAUCUCUCACGCUCUGAAGACCACCACUAUCUUCUCCAGGGUGUCCAGUCCCUAAACAUCCAACACCCAUCACCCACCAAGGACUGGACAAAGGUCAGCAUCCCUCCAUCAUCAUAUGAAGGGACUGUGGUGAGAGCUGUGGUUCAGCUGGAGGAGACACUCAGCCAAGAGAUGAAGAAGCUGCUUGAGGCUGAGCUGAAGAGGGUCCAGAGCUACGCAGUGGAUGUGACUCUUGAUCCUAAUACAGCAUAUCCCAGUCUCAUCCUGUCUGAUGAUGGAAAACAAGUCAGCGAUGAUGGUGAUGUAAAGAAGAAUCUCCCAGACAACCCAGAGAGAUUUUCUGAUUGGAAUAAUGUUUUAGGAAAGCAGAGUUUCUCUUCAGGCAGAUUUUACUUUGAGGUUCAAGUUAAAGGAAAGACCGAGUGGGAUUUAGGAGUGGCCAGAGAGUCGAUCAACAGGAAGGGAGAUAUCACACUGAGCCCUCAGGGGGGUUUCUGGUCUUUAUGUUUGAGAAAUGGAAAUGAGUAUGAAGCUAAUGAUGAUCCUUCAGUCCUUCUCUCUCUGAAGUCUCGGCCUAAGAAGGUGGGGGUGUUUGUGGAUUAUGAGGAGGGUCUGGUCUCCUUUUAUGAUGUAGAUGCUGCAGCUCUUAUCUACUCCUUCACUGGCUGCUCCUUCACUGAGAAACUCUUCCCAUUCUUCUGCCCAGGUCUUAAAUGUGGCCGUAAAAACGCUGCACCUCUGAUCAUCAUGCCUGUCAACUAAUCACUCAUCUUAUUUCAUAUGUUGAUUUGUUUUCAUUCAACAUAUAUAGAUAUUUAGAGUCAAAACUGUAUAGUUUCCAUAUUAUUUUUACAAAAUAAGUAUACUGUGGUGAUUGAUUAACAUAUGGUUUAGAUUCUGUAUACAACACAUAAGUGGAUUCAUUAAUCUAUCCAACAAUCAUAUAAUUAUAUCUUCAACAAUUAAUCGUAACACAUGUGGAGAAUAUGAACAAUGGAUAAAGCUACAAAUAUGUAUUUUAACUUCAUUAGAAACUUUUGUUUUUCAUCACGCCACAUUUGUCAAGCUAGUUAGAGUUGAUAAUAACAUUAAAUGUGUUAAAUGUAAUUGUUAUACAUUUUCAUUAAAGAGAAAGGCCUAUUA